CGAGAUCUCACAUCCGGGUUCUUGUUGCUGUGGACAACGGGAGGAAGCUCCAUUGUUGUGUUGACUUUAUUUCCUCCCCACAAACGUCAAAAUGCCUCCCAAAAAGAAGAAGAGUGGGAAGAAAGGCAAGAAGGGGAAGAAGUCUGGCAAGGCAAAAACCCCAACCGUCAUAGAUGGAAUCUCAACAGAGGAAAUGACAAAAGAGCAGCUGGAAGAGCACAUUGUCCGGCUGCGAGAUGAGUUGGAUCGAGAGCGGGAGGAGAGGAACUACUUCCAGCUGGAGCGAGACAAAGUGAACACGUUCUGGGAGAUCACAAAGCGUCAGCUAGAGGAGAAGAAGGCAGAACUCAGGAAUAAGGAUCGGGAAAUGGAAGAUGCAGAAGAGAGACAUCAAGUUGAAAUCAAGGUGUACAAACAAAAGGUGAAGCACUUGUUGUAUGAGCAUCAGAACAACAUCUCAGAGCUGAAGGCACAGAGUGCAGUGUCUCUGAAAUUAGCUGAAGACACUCAUCAGUACGAGGAGAAGGAUCUUCGGAAGGACCGCCGUGCUCUCAAGGUGGAACUCAAAGAGCAGGAGAUGGCUCAUGAAGAUGUUAUCAAGAAUCUGAAGAGGAAAAAUGAUGAGCAGAUCACGGAGCUGAGGCGGGACUUCGAGCGCCAGGCACGGGAGAUUGAGUCGAAGUACGAGAAGAAGAUGCGAGCUCUGCGAGAUGAGCUGGACCUGAGGAGGAAGACUGAGAUCCAUGAGAUCGAGGAGAGGAAGAACGGUCAGAUCAACACCUUGAUGAAGAACCAUGAGAAGGCCUUCAGUGAUAUCAAGAACUACUACAAUGAUAUCACGCUCAACAACCUUGCCCUCAUCAACACACUCAAGGAACAAGUUGAGGACAUGAAGAAGAAGGAGGAGCGGAUGGAGAAGCAGAUGGCGGAGGUGAUCGCCGAGAACAAGCGGCUGACGGAACCGCUGCAGAAGGCCCGCGAGGAAGUGGAGGACCUCCGCAAACAGCUCGCCAACUAUGAGAAGGAUAAAGAGACCCUCCGUAUGACCAAGGCCAGGUUACGUGUAACAGAGGAUGAUUUCCGUGCACUUAAAUGGGAGCACGAAGUCUUAGAACAGAGAUUCCAGAAGACUCAGGAGGAGAGAGACGAUCUGUACCGCAAGUUCGUCAAAGCAAUCCAUGAGGUUCAACAGAAGAGUAACUUCAAGAAUCUCCUCCUGGAGAAGAAGCUGAACGCCUUGGCCGACACCUUGGAGAAGAAGGAAGCCCAGUUGAACGAAGUCUUAUCUGCAUCUAACCUUGACCCCACCGCUCUCACCGUUGUCACGCGGAAGUUAGAGGACGUGCUUGACUCCAAGAACAGUGCCAUCAAGGAUCUACAAUACGAACUGGCCAGAGUGUGCAAGGCUCACAAUGACCUGCUGAGGACCUAUGAGUCCAAGCUACGUCAGUUCGGCAUUCCAACAGAAGAACUUGGCUUCAAGCCCCUCGAGAGUACAGUCGGCGGUCAGACCCUUGGACAUGGUCCAGCAGGACUUGUGUCUGCUCCAUCCUAACAUGUUAGCAUCCCCAUCUACCCAUCUAUUUAUUGCCAGAAGCUAAGCAUCAACAUUGGAAGUAAAACAUUUUUAUUUGAUACACGUUAUGAAAAUAUAAUUUUUAAGAAAUGCCUCAUUUAACCGAAACUGAAAUGUUUGGGGCCAAUGUUUUGUUCUAAAGUUUUUAUGUAGGGUACAUUUUGGUUUUUGGAUUUUCCAGUCUGGUUUUAAAACAGGCAUUGUGAAGUUUAUUUCUUUUUUUUAGUAUGUACAUUAGACCAAACAAGCUCAUUUAUGAUUAUGAUACUUAUUUUAGUAAAUUGUGGGUCAGUAUAUUGUUGACUUUCUUCCGUCCAAUAUUUUUAAGUCCAAAGGCAGUAUAUUGUACGAGAUGUAUUUUUACUAUGUGUAUCAUGUUGAGUGAAAUUAGCAGGGCAUCGAUUGCUACAGCCUCAUUUAAACAAUGUACAUAUCAAUAUAGCGGGUGUGCACAUGGCCGGCGUAUUGUACAGUCUGUGAUAUCUUGAGAAAAUAAAUUUACUCACUGAAA